AGCUGUUUGGGCACCAAGAUCCCGAACCGAACAGAACCCAGCACACCGGAGAGGAAUUAAGACGGGAAGAGGAGCGAGGAAACAUAGUCAUGACUCUGCCAACUGUGCGACAACUUUUUCUUUUAUGUUUAUUCUGGUUUCUUGGAUCUUGGAGCACAACAGAUGCCAGUCCUGUCGAUCAGUGGGAAGAUGGGAUAGUGUUAAGAAAGAUGCGCGGCAUCCAGAGUGGAGAUUUGAGUGAUGUUUUGUGGCAAGACCAGAAUGAGGAGCAAGUCCAGAAUGUUUUCAAAAGAUUCCUGUUUCAUUACUCUAAAGCACGUAACUCUGUCGGAGCUGUACAACAUGAGGUGAACAGAGAAACAAACAAACUGUCUCACUCGGUUCAUCCCUUGAUGCGACUUUCCCCCAAGCUUUCCCAGAGAAGAAAUAAGAAAGUGGUACUUUUGAAGAUUCGAGGUCUGCCGGAGGGGAUGUUGUAAUAGAAAAAUCUACAAAAACAAAAAGGGACAUCAGGCUUAACAGAAGAACCGCAGCCUGUGAACAUCACACCCAAAGACUGAUGGGGCAACGCACAGCAUCUCUGACAAGUCUCAAGACAGAAACACGACUUUUUGUUAACAAAAAACAAAUUAUUGUACAGAUGGGAAAAAAAAAAAAUAGAACUGCACUGCCAAGGCUGCCAUGUGUCUUCCUGCUUCCAAAUGUCAAUUGGUGUGUGUUAAUGUAAACUACUCCCAAGCACAAACAUUAUACUGUUACACAA